CAAUGACUCUCCCAGAAUAAACAAAUACAUGAAGAUGGAAAGCCUGAUCUACGAAGACCGCACAUACGCAUACGAAUCUCCACUCUCACUUCCAUUUGACUAGAUAUGCGAGUUUAAUAUUCUGAUAUCCAUUCAUAAUCUUGCUGUAUUUUCUGGAAAUAUGGCGCCGGAGAGCUAUAAGAGUUGGGAGGAGAUGGGGGAAGAUAGGGAGCAGCGCAUCGCUGAGCUCAAGCCGCGCUAUUGCCCGCCCUUGGAUGAAUCGAUGUUCCUGGCAAUCCUGUCAGAUUACGAUCUCUCGUUCCCGAAAGACUCAGAGGAUGCGUGCAAGACCCUAGACAUGCUGGCGGAAGAUGCGUAUGCUGAGGAAUCUACGGGGUUCGAUCCGAGUGGGGGCAGUGGUGCGCCGGUAGAUGGGGUGGCGCAGGAUAAUAGUGAGGGGCAUAGCACGUUUGCUUGGAGUAGUACGACGGAUGAUACGUCGUUCAGCCAGGGCUUUGCGACUCUUGGCCUCGAUGGGUCGGAUUUACAGAACUUGAAGGAUAAGGCUGCGGGGGGGGGGGCUAAUAGCUAUGAUGCCCAGUUCAAAGGGAUGGAUCUCGCUGCGAAGGAGGCUGUACUCUUCGAAACAUUCCCUGGCCUGAAGCCGUAUGAUAUUAAGCAUACGCUCAAAAAGUGCAAGGGUGGUACUGAGAAGGCCAUGGAAGAACUGCUGAACCAAGUCUACCUUGAAGAAAACGUUGGUCGACGACAGGGGAUCGAGGGGUUCUCAGAGAGCGAUAUCCCACCUGUUAAAAAGAAGGGCCGGAAUCGAAGGCGACAGGAAGCAUCUGCGCAAAAUUAUGUCUCGACGACUUCUGAUACACGUCUGGAGGUUGCUGAGAGCAAGUGGGAGAGCGCCAGACGCGAUGUAGACACCAUUUCAAACCUUACUGGCGUGCCAACCAAGCAGGUCAGCUCACUAUACCACAAACACGGCACUCUUAUCCCGCCUGUCCUCAACGCCAUCAUCGACGCCCACCAAGAGCUAGGAAUCGACGAUAAUGACAGCUCUAUGCAUCUUAAAGCCUUGGAGCUGAACCAAGACUACCCCGCCAUUCCCAUCACGAGGCAUCUAGCUAUCAUCCAGAUAUGCACCACCGCACACUCAUUACCCCGCGACCUCGUCAGGGCCCUUACAUCUCGGUCAUCCAGCAGCGGUGCACAAUCCCCUACGAGCCCCAUCCAGCUAGAAUUCCGCCUCGCACCCCCCGACCUGUCUGGCCCCUCCGAGAGCAAGCUGAAGCCAAAAUCCCACAACGCCGUUUACACCGAUGGACAAAGCUCGCAGCAGACCUCCGCUUACGCCACAGAUGGAAAGGACUACAAAACCCUCCGCAACGAAGCCUUCAACCAAGCCACCGCCGCCUACCGGAAAUGCAAGUCCGACCGCCUGAUGGGCAGCGCGGCAGCGUACUACUCCUCCGUCGGCCGAGACUACGACGCAAAAGCUAAGAGCGCCGUAUCAGCUACCGCGGACGCAACGGCCGCGCGGCAGUCGACUACGUCACAGCUGGACCUUCACGGGAUUGGCGUAGCGGACGCGGUGCGCAUCGCGAGGGAGACGGUGACUGCGUGGUGGGUUGGCCUGGGGGAUCGAGUGAAUGGACAUGGGGGGUAUAAGAUUAUUACGGGGAAGGGGACGCAUAGUGAGGGGGGCGUGGCGAGGGUUGGGCCGGCGGUUAGUAGGAUGUUGAUUCGGGAGGGGUGGAGGGUGGAGGUGGGGAGUGGGUCGAUGGUUGUUACGGGGGUGGUGAAGGUGGGGAAGGGGAUGUGAUUUGAUUUACUUUGAUGUUUUUGAAGCAUGGCGUUGGGUUGGGGUGUUUGGAUAGCCUGGGUAUAGCGGGCGAGAGCCAUAUCUUAGAGCGGGUGCGUCGAUGUCUUGUGUAAGGAAUAUCUACGGCAAUACAGCGUUGCUUUUCUAUAUCGGUGUUAGAUUUACCUACGUGGAUAGAGCGUUGUUUUUGUUGAGCAGUGUUAGAUUUCAUAAGCAGCCGAAUGUCAGUAUAUACACGACCAUAAUUCUUGGGCCAAAA